UUUGACUGAACGUACUCUUGCAAACCCUUGCACUCCAGCUCAGCCAUCAGUCCGACACAGUCGCCUCAGAGUAGACCGGCGCAGCUCACAUCCCUCCUUGGUUAACUUUUCGUGAUUUUUGGUGCAGUGAAACAAACAAUAACCAGCCAUGGAUGCCAUCAAGAAGAAGAUGCAAAUGCUCAAGCUCGACAAGGAGAAUGCCUUGGACAGAGCUGAGCAGGCUGAAUCCGACAAGAAAGCAGCGGAGGACAGGAGCAAACAGCUCGAGGAUGACUUGGUAGGACUACAGAAGAAAUUGAAGGCCACUGAAGAUGAGUUGGACAAAUAUUCUACCUCCCUUAAAGACGCCCAAGAGAAAUUGGAACUCGCAGAGAAGAAAGCCACAGACGCCGAGGGGGAUGUGGCCUCCCUGAACAGACGCAUCCAGCUGGUUGAGGAGGAGCUGGACAGGGCUCAGGAGCGUCUGGCCACCGCUCUGCAGAAGUUGGAGGAAGCCGAGAAGGCCGCAGAUGAGAGUGAGAGAGGCAUGAAGGUCAUUGAGAACAGAGCUAUGAAGGAUGAGGAGAAGAUGGAGCUCCAGGAGAUCCAGCUGAAGGAGGCCAAGCACAUCGCAGAGGAGGCUGACCGCAAAUAUGAGGAGGUUGCCCGUAAGCUGGUGAUCGUUGAGGGUGAGCUGGAGCGCACGGAGGAACGUGCUGAGCUGGCCGAGAGCAAAUGCUCUGACCUUGAGGAAGAGUUGAAAACCGUGACCAACAAUCUGAAGUCCCUGGAGGCCCAGGCUGAGAAGUACUCCCAGAAGGAGGAUAAGUACGAGGAGGAGAUCAAGGUCCUCACCGACAAACUGAAGGAGGCUGAGACCCGUGCUGAGUUUGCUGAGAGAUCCGUAGCCAAGCUUGAGAAGACCAUUGAUGACCUGGAAGACGAGUUGUAUGCCCAGAAACUCAAGUACAAAGCCAUCAGCGAGGAGCUGGACCACGCUCUCAACGACAUGACUUCAAUGUAAUUCAUCGUCCUGGCCGUGUCUGCUUGUGCCUCUUUCUGCCCCACCCUGCCCCUGACCCCCAUUCCAACCACAACAACCUGCCGCCCCUCUUACCCCUGCACUGCCCUUCUCCUGUACUGACUCUUAAAUCUUCCAUCUUCUCCAACCAUCAUCUGCUCUUUCUGUUCUCACAAGGGGGCAUUUCUGCUCUCACAAGGUGACAAUGGCUUCUAGUUCUGUGUCCCUACAGCUGAACUUGUGUUCUGGGCUGUUUUCAAAUUGUGCAUAGUCAUGUCUUGAAAGCAAAAAACAGAGAAGUCAGAGUAGCUCAACUUUGUUUUUCAGCCAGUCUUAAAUGUUUGUUAGCAAGUGGUUUCCUCUCUCUCUCUCUCUCUCUCUCUCUCUCUGUCUGUCUCUCUCUUUCUUUUUAUACUAACUGCUGAACGUCUGAUGGCUAUGACAUCAUAUCCUGCCGCCAAAGGAAGAGCUCAUUUUAAACAAAUUGGCUGAAGCCAUUUUAGCUGAAGCCAUGUUUUUGUGUGAGAACAGUAAACAGCAAUGAUGUGAAAUAAUGAUUCAUUUUUUUUUAAUCGUAUUACUUUUUUACUGGAAAAGUAAUCUCUGACCAUUUUGAUAUGUCCAUCUUACACCUCUCAAAUUAAUGUAUUUCCCCCUCCUUUCCUGAGUGAAGGUAACCUCUUAGUGGGCCCAUAAAUCCUGCAUGCCAGGGCUUCGUUGAAAUGUCCUCGCUGGGUUAACAGGAGGCGUUUCAAUGAAACAGGUCUGCUCUGAAUGUACAAGAUUCACUUCCUGUCCCACAGAAGUGUGUGUGUGUGUGUGUGUGUGUGUGUGCGUGUGCGUGUGUGUGUUUCUACUCUUCUAUAUUCUUCUUGAGUAACUCAGCUCCUGCAUUACUAAUGUGGUCUACUUCUGAUCAGAAGAGAGACCUCUUCUUUCAGUGUGGUCAGUGGAAGCUCCUCUUUAGCUUUCUUCCUGUUAUCAUUGAAUGCUAGGCUACUUUUGUCAUUAUGUUAUGCUAGACACCCUUAGGCACCACAUAUGAUUCUGUAAAUCCGAGGAAAAUGUUGAUGUACACCUUAAGAAUGUGAGUGGAUAAAGAUAUGGUUGGAUUAGAAAACUAAUGCAACCUUAGGUGUGUGAGUGUGUGAGCGAAUGUGCAAGAUAAGGCACCUUUCCCUCAUAAUCCACAAGGCCCUUCCAUCACGAUGUCUUUACUUCUUUUCCUCCGCACAGAUAAAUUGUUUACUCUCCACCUGUCCAAAGAUGCCGCCCCUCCGACUGAGUGGCCCCUCUGCCCCCCCUCUCUCUUUUACACCUGCCUUCUUUCCCCUUCCCUCCUCCCUCUCCCUCUCCCUCUCUUCUUUUCUUUUCUUUUUCUGUGACACUGUGUCUCUGCACCUGACCAUCACCAUUGUGUGUCACGCUUGUUGUACAGAACCUUUCCUUCUCUCUAAGUUGUGUAUAAAUAAAACAUUCUUCCUUGUAUUUAAACCUACUUCUCUCUCUUUAUUUCACCCUUCCCUUUUUGCCUGUCCCCCUGUUUGCACUCUGUCCUGCUCAUGGUGAACAUGUUGUAUGGAAAUGUGUGUGUAAACCCCUCAGAUUCCCCUCACCAGUGUCACAGUCACAGUGGAGAUUUGCCAUUACGCUCAUACCUUUGGCUAAGUAACACUUUAUUUGUCAUAGGGGCAUUUAACCAGCUCUUAUGGUUAUACUCAUCAGUCUUAGCGAUAUCACUGCAAUCUAUUAUCCACGAGAAUUCAGUGAAA